AUGCAGACCAGAGAGAUGACCGCCAGCGCGUCGCGUUUGAUGGUGGAACAGUUGGCGGCCUCGGGCGUCAAGUACGUUUUCAACAAUUCGGGGUCGCGUGAAGCGCUGUUCUUCAACGAACUGCACGCGCGGUCGGACAUACACGGAAUUCUCGGGCUGCACGAGGGCGCCGUUACGGCGAUGGCCGGCGGGUUUACCCAAGCAAACCUCGCUCCCGGCGUGAUGGUGGUGCAUUUGGGAGCGGGCCUGGCUCAGGCAAUGGGUCAGUUGAUCAACGUGUGGACGGGCAGCCUUCCGGUGGUGGUGAUUACGUUCGCCGGCGAUACGGGAAGUUUCGCCGGCAAGAUCAGUCUGGACGUCAGCCACAACGCCGGCCCGACGGCAAUUGCCGCGCCCCUGAUGAAGGCAAACUGGACGGUGAUUGAGCCGGAAGGGCUGCCGGCCGCUUUGGAAAGGGCUCUGAGGGUGGCGAUGACGCCACCCGUGGGUCCGGUGCACCUGGCGGUUUACGACCGGCUGUUGGGACCCGCCGAGCACACGGCUAACAUCAUCGACGGACAGCUGCCGGAAAUCCAUGCCGGCUACCCGUCGGACGCCGAUCUCGACGCCGUGGCGCGGGCGUUGCGGGACGCCAAACGUCCGUUGCUGUACGUGGGCGACGGCGUGUGGAAGAGCGGGGCGAUUGCCGAGGUGACCGCACUGGCGGAGCGGUUCGGCGUGCCGGUCGUGGGAGACCCACGGGCGGUGUCCAUCAAGCACCCGCUGCACGCCGGCGGCCGGCGGCUGGAGCAGGCGGCCGAACUCGAUCCCGACCUGAUCCUGUGCAUCGGCGUGACGCACAACGGCGCGGGCAACGCCAGCGACUACACAGCGUUCUUCGACGCCGAGCGGACGAUUGCCAUCGGCGCCGACGCCGAGAAUCUGGAGAACAUCCCCGGUCUGGACCUGGCGGUGCUGGCCGACGAGAAGCGCGCGGCGCAACGCCUGCUGGACGCUACGGACGGCACGGCGGACGAUCUGUCCGACCGCCGGAGCCGGGCCAGGGAAGAGGUUGCAGCGCUGCGGGCGCAGCGUCGGGACGCCGCGUGGCGGAUACCUGCAGAAGACGGUAAGGUUCGGGCGGUGGCCCUCGGCGACGCCCUGGACCGGGCAUUGGAGAGCCGUGGCGGCGGGCUGGUGACCAUCGAGCAGUUUGCCGUCGCGCAGGACAUCCUGGCCAACAACGACGAGGCGGGUCGCAACCAGUACAUCCGGCCGGCCGGCGGGUCGGAAGGAUACGGUGUGGGCAUGGCGAUCGGGGCCAAGCUCGGAGCGCCGGACCAGCCGGUCGUCGGUCUGGUUGGCGACGGAUCGCUGUACUAUUCCGACCACGCGCUGUGGACGGCAGCGAGCCACGAGGUGCCCGUGCUUUACGUGAUCUCCAACAACGGCGCCUACGGCAUUGUCGCCAGCUCCUUUGCCAACGCGAACGCCGACAUGCGGGAGACCGGGGUGUACCGCGGCGUGGUGCUGGACAACAUUGAUCCGGUGAAGCUGGCCGAAGGGUUCGGCGUGGAAGCGAUGGACGCAACCGACGAGGCCAACAUCAGCGACGCCAUCGAGCACGGGCUGGGUGUCGUCGAGCGGGAAAAGCGACCGUUCCUGCUGAACGUGCACAUGCCGCUGGGUCUGCCGGAAGGCGGACGGCCAGGCGGGAUCUACAGCCUCAGCGCGGAGCUCGGCUAG